CGCGACUCGGUCCCGGGUAACGCGGGAGAGCGGCGCGGUACGGGCCUGGGGACAAGGGGAGGGUGCCGGGCCCCCGGGCCAUGGCGUGAGGGGCUAGACUCCGGGCCAGAGCGAGCCCACCCCGGGCCGCGUUUCCUGCAGCAAUGGAGCCGGACGACCCGGCCGAAGCGCUGUCGGAGUUGCGCGAGCGGAGAUUGGGCGCGCUGGAGCUGCUGCAGGCUGCGGCGGGCUCCGGCCUAGCCGCCUACGCCGUGUGGGCGCUGCUGUUACAGCCCGGCUUCCGGCGCGUGCCGCUCCGGCUGCAGGUUCCGUACGUGGGUGCGAGCGUGCGCCAGGUGGAGAACGUGCUGUCGCUGCUGCGAGGCCGUCCUGGAAAGAUGGUGGACCUGGGCUCUGGCGACGGCAGGAUCUCCACCUCCUGCUCACAGGUGUUGGCGGCGCACAGGUGUGGCCUCCGCCCAGCCCUGGGCUACGAGCUGAACCCUUGGCUGGUGGGGCUGGCGCGGCUCUAUGCGUGGAGGGCAGGCUGCGCCAGCCACGUGCGUUACCUUCGUGAGGAUCUCUGGAAGGUGGACCUGAGAGACUGCCACAACGUGUCUGUGUUUCUGGCACCCAGCGUGCUCCCGAUGCUGGAGACCAAGCUGCAGGCCGAACUGCCCUCAGGGGCCCGUGUGGUGUCUGGACGCUUCCCCCUCCCCACCUGGGAACCUGCAGUUGUUCUCGGAGAGGGUGUGGACCGAGUCUGGGCCUACGAUGUCCACUAGUGGGCUUGCCAGGGACACUGGCCCCAUUCUCAGGGUCCCUGCCUCUCAAGUCAGCUUAGGAGCACAAUAAAGACUCAGUCCUGCCUCA